CUGCAGUAUGUGAUGUGAUCUACGUAUGUACAUAUAAUUGUUCAUCACAUUUACAUCUGGCUUCUUGCAUGUAAUUAUUUAUUAUAGACACAGGAUUUAAAGUGAACGAAUUUUCAUAAAACUUGGAAAUUUUAAUAAAUAAUAUUAAAUAUGAUUAGUCUCACGUUGGUGGGAUGUUUUCUGUUGGGUGUGUUGGCAUAUUUGCUAAUCAGUAAACGGUUAAAUAAACCAAAACUUAAGGGGAAAUUACCACCAGGGCCACCCGGUCUUCCGCUGUUGGGAAAUCUACUCCAAAUGAAUAAGAAAGUUCCCUUCAUGACAUUUGUAGACUGGGCGAAGGACUAUGGAGAUAUUUACUCGUUUAAGAUGGGAAACUCUGUAUCCUACGUGAUUAGCGAUCCUACUUGGGUCAAGGAGCUGUUCUCGCAAGAUGCGGCUUUCGCUGGACGAAUGUAUAUCGGGGACAUGGUAGAUUUAUACAAGGAUGGAACAAUGCAUGGAAUCAUCAACACAAACGGGGACCAUUGGGAACAACUCCGAAGAUUUACUCUCCGUCAGUUACGAGACUUUGGGUUUGGCAAGAGCACAAUGGAAACCUUGAUAAUGGACGAACUUAAGGAAAUCUUGGACUGGGUGAAGGACCAUGAAGCCGAAUCGGUGGGAAACAUCAAGGAAAAAAUGACCAUUGCCGUUAUCAACUCGCUAUGGACGAUCCUAAGUGGACAUCGGUACAAGCAUGAUGACCCUGCCCUGCAAAAACUCACGUCAACCGUCACCUCAGUUCUGGAAGACAUUGCCGGAAGUGGAGGUCUCGUAAUAAUGGCACCCUGGCUCAAGUACAUCAUUCCAGAAUGGUCUGGAUAUAACGCGUUUCGCCGAGUGCUGGAAAAAUUCCGGGUCAUGUUCACCGCUGCGGUGGACGAACAUAAGCAAUCGUAUUCAGAAGACUUUCAACGAGAUUUUAUCGACGUGUUCCUCAAAGAAAUUAAGACAUGUGAAGAUGUAGAUUCCGCCUUUUUUGGGGAACUUGGAGAGAAACAAUUGGUGGCUGUAAUCGCGGACUUAUUUAUGGCGGGUUCCGACACGACGUCAACCACGUUGGAUUGGACUUUCCUCUACUUAUCCACUUUCCCCGAGGCACAGAAAAAACUUCAGAAAGAACUUGAUACCGUUAUUGGAGACUCGAGACUUUGUGGGUUGUCCGAUAGGCCAAACCUUCCAUACACCGAAGCACUUCUCGCCGAGAUUAUGAGAUACUCCUCCAUCACCCCCAGCGGAGUGGGUCAUCGUGCCAUGGCGGAUCGGGAAUUUAAGGGUUAUGCAAUUCCCAAAGACACGUCACUCCUCGCCAACUUGUAUCAUAUUCAUUUCAACCCUAAAAUUUGGGGAGAUCCGGAAAAUUUCCGCCCCGAGAGGUUUCUCAGCCCUGAUGGCAAGACGUUCAAAAAGCAUGAAGCCCUCCUCCCAUUUCUCGUCGGAAAGAGGCAAUGUGCCGGCGAAACCUUGGCAAGGGACACGCUAUUCCUCUACACCACCAACAUUUUCCACAGAUUCCAAGUUAAAUUCGAUCCAAAGGAUGGCAAUGCGAAUCCAGGAAUAAAACCGAGACCGGGAUUUAUGCUGAAUCCGAUGGCGUAUAAAGUCGUGUUUAAGGAUCGACAGGCAUAAAGUUUGAAAAGUUAUUGAAAUUCUAUAUAUCUAAAUUUAUUUGAUCAGAAAUAGAAAAUAUCUGGUAAACAAAAUAAAAAUAAGCAAAUGCUUUUACUCCAAAAUUUCCUCGCUAAAUCGUUUUUUUUGUUUGAAAUUUUGACGUAAAGGAAUUUGCUUAUUUUUAUGCAAGACCCAUUCAAUUUAAAAGAAUCAAAGUAAAUGCAAACUAGUUUAAUAUGCAUGAUGAAUAUUUUUGCUUUCAUUUAUUUAUUGUGCAAUAUUCCGUCAAGUGUAAUAAUCUCUUGUAAUUCCCGACAUAGGGGCUUUAUAUAAUCUUUAUGUAAUCCUCAAUAGGUUUUAAUCCACUAUUUUACCUAUGUAUGCAUAUGACCUUGUUUUGUUUUUCUGUUUAUCUUGCUUGGCUCAAUUCAACUUUCUCCUCUAAUAAACAAACUAUGUAACUGAA